AUGCCAAAGUCAAGAGUCAUUCUCUACCGCGAACCCCAACUUUCACCUUCGAUCUCCAAAACCCGACAGACAUAUAGUUACAAAAGAGGCGAGAAAAACAUACGAGCUUCUCGAAGCACAGGCAACGGCGAUAGUGGCCUUUUAAAGGAAGAUCCUUUCAAUACUCACGAGAGAGAUUAUUCUAUAACAACACCGAAAGAGGACGGAAGUCUGGAUCGCAUGGAUGAUGGUAUUGUGGGAGGCAUGGCUAGUUGA